AUGCUUUGCACGAUGCCGAUGGUUCCUCCCUCUCUUUUCUUGACUUUCCCCCUCCCCUCUUACGCCUUCCUCUUCCCUUCUUACCGCCCAACCGCCCUGUCCCCCGAGGUGGCUCCAACGCUCGGUUCUAUGCCCUGCACGAUGCCCAUUCUUCUGCACGAUGCCGAUGGCUCUUUCCUCUCGUUACUUGACUUCCCCUCUCCCCGCCUCCUUCUCCCCGUUCUCUCCCUCUCCCAUUCCUCCCACCAGCCCAACCGCCCUGACCCCAGGGGAGGCUCUAACGCUCGCCCCGCCUUGUCCCCAGGGGUGGCUCUAACGCUCGGUUCUACGCCCUCCACGAUGCCCAUGGCUCCUUCCUCUCCUCCCUUUAACCUCCGCUCUACCAACCUCCUCUUCCCCCCUCUCCAUCUUCCCCCCUCCCCCCUCUCCAUCUUCCCCCCUCUCCCCCCUCUCCAUCUUCCCCCCUCUCCCCCCUCUCCAUCUUCCCCCCUCUCCCCCCUCUCCAUCUUCCCCCCUCUCCCCCCUCUCCAUCUUCCCCCCUCUCCCCCCUCUCCAUCUUCCCCCCUCUCCCCCCUCUCCAUCUUCCCCCCUCUCCCCCCUCUCCCAAUCUCCCCUCCAGCCUAA